AUGAAUUAUCACUAUUUUAUUUAUAUUACAUUUAUUUUUGUUUUACUUUCUUCUGUUGAUAAAACAAACGGAUAUUGCUGUACAGUUAACGGAUUCCUUGGAUUCCCUCCACAUUGCAACAUUUUUGGGUGUAAUUGUGAUUGCGAUAAGUGUGAUGAAGACCGAGUAUGCUGCAAAAACGAAAAGCUUCUUGGUGGAGAUUGUUCUAAAUACGAUGGUUGGAAGUUUUCUGAUAAACGGAAACGUAGCUUGCACUAA